AUGUCAUUCCAUGGGGUCCCUGACCUGGAUCACGAUAUCCCUAACACCACGGCACCCGAGAACCUGCCCAAACUGAGAUACUUGUUUACUUCGGUAGAAAGAUAUUUGGUGGAGAACAAUAUCUGCCUCACUGGAAGGUCUAGCAUCAAGGCUCGCACACAAUGUGAAGAUGGCGGUGCGCCGGCCGCGUUUUACAUCGAAAUGGAAGUUGUAUCUCCGCGCCCUUAUGCUGUCGAUUGCAUCGACCCCAACAGUACCCCGCCGGGCCAUACUUGGUCAAUCGACUGGAGCACCGCAGGCGAGAUCUGUGAUAUCCAGCAUGCUUCUGCAGCUGCGAUUAAUAUUGGUAACUCGAUUCCACAGCCCCAUGCAAGCCAUGAAGGUGCAAUGGGUAACAUCAUGAUGUUGUGGAGCCCAACGUCGCCAUGCCCAAGUGACUACACUUUUGAUCGACUGCCAAGUACGGCAUCAAACGAUGACGCUGCAUUUUCUGAUUCCGAGGACCGGCUUCUGGCGAUAGAAUCCGCCGCUGCCGGCAAUGCAUCCAUACGUGGCGGCACCUCUUCAGCUAUUCUUCGGCAACGGCCGAGUUCCACAAUGAACCAUGAUAGAGCUCCUGACUCGCAACCGCCAGUUGCCCAUCAUGCAAAUAUGAUCAACAAUUGCCGCUUUCCACCUAAAAGUCGUUCCCAAACCAUCAACAAGCUCAGCAAAGGAGGGCGGAUUACGAGGGGCCGAAGCCGUUCUGUUUCAGUCCAUGAUGACUACUCUGGCAUGUGCGUCAGCAGAGCUAGAACAGAGGCGCAUAUGCUGAAAACGGCACACUCAAUUUUACGAUCUGACUACCUGGAAUUCUUGGAGGGCGAACUCCCACGCUGGGCCAAAUACGGCUUAUGGGAUCACAGUACGGAUAUGAUCCCACUCAUUGGGGAUGCCACAGACUAUUACGGCCUACAAGUCGCGUAUUCCACCGUAUGCAUACUCGAGGCGAGGGUCAAUGAUGAUGUUAUACGCAGUCGUAUAGCAUUAGUUGAGCUUCAUCUGGAAUACGAUAGAGCAAGUGCGACGCGGCAGACGUUGAACGAUAAACGUGGUGUCGGUUGUGGAGUUUCAAGCUCUAUUAUCGACCAAAUAUUACAAAAGAUCCACCGGGACUGGAAUGUUCUCAAUGAGACCGAGCGGAAGCUUCGGCGAGCAAAGUUUCAUGACCGCAAACGCUACGGCAAGAGGUGGGCAGUUCUUGCUGACGAGCUCGGCAAAGGUAUUCUCAUUCUUUGUUCACCAAUGGUGGCGAAAGCAGUCCACAACACAGGAUUUACCUUCGCGAUGCUCGGCGCACUCACCAAGGCGGUCCGCGCCAACACAACAAGCAUGCUUAUCCUGGAGGCCAUACGAGACGUUGCAGAGCAAUUGUACCACGGCGGCUCGUGUGAUUCCACUUGCGGGGUAGCACUCCUUGAGGCAGCGAGAAUGUUUGACGGGAUUUGA